AGGCGGAAGUGCUCAGUAGUGGACGUUUCACGGCAGUGCUGCUUUUGCGUUUCGUUGAAUUUUUUAGGAACACCAGGCUGCAAUGGACCUUCAGCAUUAGCCGCUGUGCAAACUGUAAAUCGGAAUCGGAAGUGAGAGGCUGUGACGUUCGAGAGACGUUCGAAAAUCUUGCAGAAUGAUGCGAUUCAUGCUGCUGUUCAGUCGGCAGGGGAAGCUGCGACUGCAGAAAUGGUACACGGCUACGGCGGAACGAGACAAAAAGAAGAUGGUCAGGGAGCUGAUGCAGAUAGUUCUUGCCCGCAAACCAAAGAUGUGCAGUUUUCUUGAAUGGAGGGACCUUAAGAUUGUCUAUAAAAGGUACGCCAGCCUAUAUUUUUGUUGUGCUAUUGAAGAGCAGGACAACGAGCUGAUUACACUGGAGAUCAUCCACCGCUUUGUAGAGCUGCUGGAUAAAUACUUUGGCAGUGUGUGUGAGCUGGACAUAAUCUUUAACUUUGAGAAGGCUUACUUCAUUUUAGACGAGUUCCUGAUGGGAGGAGAGAUCCAGGACACAUCCAAGAAGAGCGUCCUCAAAGCCAUCGAACAAGCUGAUCUGCUGCAGGAGGAGGACGAGUCUCCCAGGAGUGUAUUGGAGGAGAUGGGCUUGGCGUAGUCCCAGUGAAACUGUACGAAGUUUGAGACAAAAGGCAGGAGGAGGCAGGACAGUUUGGACUCUGGGGUCCUGGAGCAACAUCUCCUCUGGGGAUAAGACUCAGUGAAUCCUUGCAUUGGACUGGCCCUUUGGCUCUCUUUUUUGUUUGUGUGCGUGCGCGUGCGUGUGUGUGUGUGUGUCUGCAUUAUCUAAGUGUGGGAUAAUGGUAAUGGGCUAUAUUUAACUUUUAUGUGCCUGGAGGAGCAGUGCAUGUUCUGAUUGUUACAGAUGUGACAUAGUUUGAAGCUUCGCUGUGAUUGUAGUCAUACUGAGGCAGGCUUGCAGGCUGAUAUAAAGCGCUUGUCAAACAAGCAAAGCCAAGCCUGGAUGUAGGCCUGCCGAUCACAACUGAAUGUGAACGAGGACCGGGUCAGAACAUCGAAGGACUGUGAGAGGUCACAGGUUCUAUAAGUGUGUCCAGAACCAGGUUUAUUCCAGGCAGGUCAGGUGAAAACAAAUCAUUCUCAAUGACCUAAAAUCAUGGCUGUAAAGACUUGAGUUCUCGUUGGCGUAUUAGAGUUCAAGCCAUGUGCCUCCAGCUAUCUCCAUGACAACGGACAUUCAACAUGCUCAGAACCGGCUCAGGACUGAGGCUAGAGUUUUGUUCCGAUUAGUUUUCUGUCUUCAUUCAAAUUGUUCCUUAAUCUAGAAUUGCUGAUUAACUGUCAGACUUGUUUAUUCUAUGCUUCUUGAUAGUCGAAGAUUCCACUUUGUUUAUGUAAUAUCACCGAAAACUAAAAUGAUAAACUUCAUCAAUGAAAAUGAACAAAAGACAUUCAAUCGUUUCUUGACCCAUUAGCUUGAGUUGACUGCAGUACCAAACCAAAAUGGAGAUGUGAGAACCAUCUCUGGAUGUUGGUUCUGGGUUUUAAUGCUACAGUGGCACAACUAUUAUAAAAAAAUAUGUUAUUUAAAGGGGAUGUAUUAUGCAAAUUUCAUCGUUUGUAUGUUUUUGUACUUCCAUUUAUGUUUCUACUACUUCUAA